UGCACAAAAACGCACUACAGACGCAUGUUUCUUUUCUUAUCUCGAUCUUUCUUUAUCUUCCUUAUUUACUUAAUCGUGGCUUUAUUUCUUUGUAAAGAUGUAGUUACAUUCUAAGCAAACGCUUGGGUGUUUAUAGAUUUUUAUUUAUGAAACAAUUAAAAGCGAUUUGACAGAGCCGAAGGCUGCAUUUCUCGCCUUCGACAUUCUAGAGGACCAUCGAAUCCUGGCUCGAUUCUUUUCUGUAGCUCCCCGGAGAUCAAUUCUGCUGCAGUUCCAUCGAAAUGUGCGACCUGAUGCCAGGCUCUCAGUCGGCAGAAAAAAUCGGCAAAAUGAAAAAGUUAAGAAGAACUUUGUCUGAGAGUUUCAGAACUAUAGCUUUCAAGAAAGAGGACAGUGACUUUGAUGAGAUAUGUGUCACAAAGAUGUCCACACGCAGCUGCCAGGGAACAGACUCGGUCAUCAAGCCCCUGGAUACCAUCCCUGAAGACAAGAAGGUGAGAGUUCAACGCACACAGAGUGGCUUUGACCCCUUUGAGAAGCCCGCCAGCCAGGUGAAGAGGGUCCACUCUGAAAACAAUGCCUGCAUCAACUCCAAGAGCACGUCCACUGGGAAAGAAUCGCCCAAGCUGCGCAGGCACUCCAGUCCCAGCUCUCCGACGAGCCCCAAGUUUGGAAAGGCAGAUUCUUAUGAAAAGCUUGAGAAGCUGGGAGAGGGUUCAUAUGCUACGGUUUACAAAGGCAAAAGCAAGGUGAAUGGAAAGCUUGUGGCUCUGAAGAUGAUUCGCUUGCAGGAGGAGGAGGGGACCCCUUUCACAGCCAUUAGAGAAGCAUCUCUUCUGAAAGGUCUGAAGCAUGCCAACAUUGUGCUGCUACACGAUAUCAUCCACACCAAGGAAACCCUGACGCUGGUCUUUGAGUAUGUGCACACAGACCUGUGUCAGUAUAUGGACAAACAUCCAGGUGGUCUUCACCCAGACAAUGUGAAGCUGUUCCUGUACCAGUUGCUGAGGGGGCUGUCCUACAUCCACCAGAGGUACAUCUUGCAUCGUGACCUCAAACCCCAAAAUCUGCUUAUCAGUGACACCGGGGAGCUGAAACUAGCGGACUUUGCUGAAUAUGCUGCCCUGUCUAACGCCUUCAUCAGUAAUGCAAACCCUAUAUUAACUGAGAAGUAUUACUGCGAGGCAAAUGAGAAGGUGGGUGUGGGCUGCAUUUUCAUUGAGAUGAUCCAGGGAGUUGCAGCAUUUCCAGGGAUGAAAGACAUCCAGGACCAGCUGGAGAGGAUAUUCCUGGUACUGGGCACUCCCUCUGAGGAUACCUGGCCAGGUGUUCACUCCUUGCCUCACUUCAAACCAGACCGCUUUACAGUUUACAGUGCUAAGAAGCUCAGACAAGCAUGGAAUAAGUUAGCCUACGUGGACCAUGCUGAGGAGCUGGCAUCCAGGUUUCUCCAGUGCUUCCCAAAGAACCGCCUCUCUGCCCAGGCAGCCCUGAAUCACGAGUACUUCAGCCACCUUCCUGCACGGCUCUGGGACCUGCAAGAUAUGUCUUCUAUCUUCACGGUACCAAAUGUCAAGCUGCAAACAGAGUCAGGAGACAGCAUACAGGUGUGUGCAAGGAGGAACAGUCAUGGGAAAGGCACCUCUGGCAGCAAGCACUGACCUGGAGCAUCGUCCCUGCACAGGACUUCCUGCCAGGUAACUGGUGUCAACACAGAUGCGGGACAAGAUGCCAACCUGGAGCAUCCAGCUGAACUCCAGCCCAGCUAAUGUCUCACUAAGUUAGUCCACUUAAGGAGGUGUGUGUGUGUGUGUGUGUGUGUGUGUGUGUGUGUGUGUGUGUGUGUGUGUGUGUGUGUGUGUGUGUGAUAGAGAGAGAGAGAGAGAAAGGGAGAGAGAGAGAGAAGGGAGAAAGUAAUGGUGUGUGUUUGUGUUAGCAUGUGUGGGUACAUGUACACACAUUUGUUGAUGGUACAUAUGACCGAAUAUUUCAGGCUAUCAUUUGCAAGUUUUUUUUUAUAUAAGAUUAUGACAACAUAUAUCAUGUGACACCACCAGAUGAAGGACUGGACUCUUGGUACGUGUUGUGUUUGUGUUUGUAACAAGCUACCUAUUUAAGAAUGUAUAUUUGUAAGUCUGAUAUACUCAUCUUGAACAUAUUUAAUGGACAUUUUUAAUAUUCUUCCGUUUUCUCACCAAUAUACUGUUCCUGCCAACACUCAUCCAGUAAUAAAGACACGCAAACAAACACACAUCCUUACAAACGAAAACACUGCACACAGUUAAAAAAAAGAAAAGAAAAAUCAAAUGAGAAUGAGAAUGAAAUUUUUUUGUUAGGGGUUUUUUCCCACCACAACAACAUCAGUAUUAAUAUUAAUAUUACUUAUGUCACUUAUUUUCAUUGUGACUGGAGAUGUUGAUGUGCACACAUACUAAACAGGGACUGAUUCCACACACAAACAGGCACGCGCACAUGCAUGCGCACAAACGCGCGUGCGCACGCACACACACAUGCACACACAUGCAUAUGCACACACGCACAUGCGCGUACACACACACACACACAUACGUGCCCAAGGUGUGUUAGAGUGCAGAGUUAGAUGCAAUACAGCAACAGACACCAAGAAAUUUGUGUGUGUGUAUGUGUGUGUGUGUGUGUGUGUGUGUGUGUGUGUGUGUGUGUGUGUGUGUGUGUGUGUGUGAGAAACAGAAAGGGGGGAUGGGUAAGGUGUGUAUCAUACCUGAGCGUCGGUGCUUCCUUGUGUUAAGUUUAUGUGUGUGAGGAAUAAAACAAUAAAGGCAAUACGAUGUUCAGUGUUAUGGUCAGUAUGGUCCAUAUACAGUUUUCAUCCUCAGCUGAUGAUCAUCUGAGGUGUCCAGUAUCCUACAUCACAUGUGAUUGAUCUGAAUAAUUACUAUUGUAUCUGAUGAGUUAUCAGUGAUCUCAGAUCAGACUGGAGCUUCUC